AGAAACUAAAAAAUUAACAACUCAUAUAUUUAUUUAUAUGUUGUUUUCAAUUUAGCACCCGUUUCUCCACUUGCAAUUCCCUCCAGGUAAAUGUUUGAACAAAGUUUUGAAUUUGUUUAAGGUUACCUAAAUAUCGUUUCCCUUUUAAUAUAUAUAAAUAUUUAUUAAUGAAAUCUAAAAUAAAAUAAAUUAAAAUUUAAAAUGUUUGAUAAAAUAAAAAAUUUAAUAAUUAAUUUUGAAAAAGAAAACACACACGGACAGAACAAAAGCAAAAACAAAAAACAAAAAGCUCUAAGCAGAGCAUAAUAAUUAAAUAAAAUAAUGAUAAACGUGACAGGUGUUUUUGUCUGUUUUGACAUGCUAGUCCACACGUAUAAAAAAAAAAAAAAAAAAAAAGCGAGAGACUUUCCAACUCUCAUUUCCUAUUUCCCACCAGUCAUUUCAUUUCCCCUCUAUUUUAGUCCCCUAAUGUUGACAACGAAAAGAAACUAACGAACAAACACGGCCUUAUAUGACUCCACAACCACCAUAAUCUCACGGCGGUGCUCCUCCUCGUUCUCCUCCGCCCAUGGACAUCACCGCCGCCACUAUGACCCAAUCUUUAACUUACCACCUCUCCAACCAUCCUUCUAUUAUCACUUUCAGAUGGAGUCACUCGCAAUCCUGGGGCUCGACAUGGUCAUUUCUUUUCUCUUCAAUUACUUUCUACCUUUCUUUUUCUCUUAUUAUGCAUGUCUUUUUAUCUAUAAUUCUCCGUCGGGAAAGGUCUGUCCCGUUAGGACCUAUACCGGCGCUUCAUAGUCUGUUCAUGUCAUUGCUCUCAGCUAUUAUUUUCUCGGGAAUUCUCCUUUCUGCCGCCGCUGAAAUUCAAGAAACUAAAUGGUUUUGGCGACGCUCAAAAACCCCAUUUCAGUGGCUACUCUGUUUUCCUUUAGGUACUAGACCCUCCGGUCGUGUAUUCUUUUGGUCGUAUAUUUAUUAUGUUUCAAGAUUCCUCCAUAUGUUGCGUACUCUGUUUACUAUUUUACAGCAAAGAAAACUGUCUUUUUUCCAGUUAUUUAACAACUCCAUCUUAGCAUUCAUGUCGUUUUUAUGGCUUGAAUUCUCUCAAUCUUUUCAAGUGCUGGCCAUACUUUUGGCGACGCUGGUUUACUCUGUCGUUUAUGGGUAUAGAUUUUGGACGGCAAUUGGAUUACCCAGUGCUUGUUUCCCUUUUGUGGAGAAUUGUCAGAUUGUAUUGUUGGGUUGUAAUCUUGCUUGCCAUGUUGGCGUGCUGUUGCUUCAUUUGAUGAAAGGUGGGUGUAAUGGAAUUGGGGCCUGGAUCUUUAAUUCUGUGCUUAAUGGAGCCAUCUUGUUGCUCUUCUUGAAUUUUUAUGUGAAGAUGCAUUUAGCAAAGAAGAAGAAGAAGAAGCAGCUUCAGCUCGAAACUGCUGCAGUUAUUAAAGAAGAUGAAUGAAUGAAAUUCUGGUUUGGUGGUUUCAUGUAAAUUGGGAAGAAAACAGAGGUUACCUUUAUUCAUUAUUGAAAGGAGGCAUGGUUAUAAGAAGCAUGGUUAUUCAAAAUGUGAAAUCAGAAGUGGACCCAUUCUGGACGAUUUUGAACAGAAAUGUAAAACUUGGAUUGCAUUAAGCUGAUAUGGUUCGAAACUGCCUGCAGGCGGAGUUAGUUACGGCCAUUUGCAUUUUUGGAGCCGAGUAGGCAAACAGAAACAGCAGUUAUCGCUAAUAACUUGUAGUAAAAGGAAAAAGGUUGGUCGUGGCACUCACUCCGCCAAACACAGCCUAAGCUUUUUCUUUUUCUUUUUUCAUCACUUUUAUAGACUCCAUUUAUUACUUUCUUUUUCAGCAAAAAUUUAUAAUUUUAUUAUUUAAUCAUUAAA